UCGAUCUUGUAGUAAAGAAUGGUAGAAAGUACAUGGUCUCCAUAAUUAAUGUGUUUUGCUCGUGGUUUAUCUAUUUUUAACUUGUUUUCCUCAGACUAGGAGAAUGCUGUACUCUUCAGUUAAUGGUAUUGCUUAGUUCAAGAGUGUUUCCAUCUAACAUGGAAGUAAAAAGCAACGAAACUAAUACAACAAGUAGUUUAAUCAAGGAUGCAAAUAUUAUUUCUGCAUAUAAUCUCACCCAAGAAGACUGCAACUGGAUUGUAACAAAUUCCUUUAUAAUAUUUACUAUGCAAACGGGAUUUGGUAUGUUAGAGUCCGGUUGUGUGUCUUUGAAAAACGAAGUCAACAUUAUGAUGAAGAAUGUAGUAGACAUAGUGCUUGGUGGAUUAACUUAUUGGGCAUUUGGUUUUGCGACGAGUUUUGGUUCAAAUAAACAUUACAAUGCUUUUAUCGGAAUAGGGGAAUUUCUAAUAGAUCCCCCUAUUGACGAUCAACACAUGGGUCCAAAAUGCGCUGCAUUUUUAUUUCAAUUAAGCUUUGCAACCACUUCAACCACUAUUGUCAGUGGAGCCAUGGCAGAACGAUGUAAUUUCAAAGCAUAUUGUCUAUUCUCUUUCUUGAAUACAAUUGUGUAUUGUAUACCAGCUGGAUGGGUAUGGGGUGAUCAUGGUUUUCUGAGCAAUUUGGGUGCUGUUGAUAUUGCUGGUUCAGGAGUGGUGCACCUUGUUGGGGGUAGUUCUGCUCUUGCAUGUGCCAUUAUGUUGGGGCCAAGGCUGGGCAGAUAUGAUAAUGGAAUUGAGCCAUUACCUCUUGGGAAUCCUGUGAAUGCUAUCAUGGGUUUAUUUGUACUUUGGUGGGGUUGGCUAGCUUUCAACAGUGGCAGUACAUAUGGUAUCAGUGAACAACGAUGGCAAUAUGCUGCCAGGGCAGCUGUCUCUACAAUGCUAGCAAGUAUGGGAGGAGGUUUAAUUGGAUUAGGGUUUAGUUUAACUCAUCCAAGUGGAAUUGACAUUCUCAGUCAAAUAAAUGGAAUUCUUGGUGCUUUAGUUGCAGUAACAGGUGGGUGUUUUCUUUUUAGAGCCUGGGAAGCCAUAAUUGUUGGAAUGGUGGGUGCUUUCAUUACAUGUUUUACAAUGCCCAUUUUAGAUAGGAUGCAUAUUGAUGAUCCUGUUGGAGCCAGUGCAACACAUGGAGCAAGUGGAAUUUGGGGCAUAGUUGCUAUUGGCUUAUUUGCAGAUAAUCCACAACCACUUGGUACCACCAGUGGAAGAAAAGGCUUAUUCAAAGGAGGAGGAUGGUAUUUGUUAGGUGUGCAAUGUCUAACUGUUCUGUGCUUAACAUUAUGGAGCUUUCUUUCAUCACUUUUUUUAUUAUGGGUGAUAAAUAAAAUAAUUCCCAUUAGAAUGAGUGUCCAUGACGAACUGCUUGGAGCAGACUUAGUGGAACACCGAAUACGACACAUGCAGAUAGGUGUUAGUAGAGCCAUGUCUGCUCUUCGUCCAGAUUCUCAAGAUCAUGAGUUGAGUACAGUGCACCCUGUAGGAAUAAAUCCUGGUCACGAUGCCUACAUUCAGAAAUAUAAUCGUAAAAAUCGUUUAAAGACUGGAAAACCAUUACCUGUCGGGAAGAAAUCGUCAAAGACACGUCAAUCUAAUACAAUUACAGAUGCAGUAUUGACCAGACAGAAUAAACCGCAUUUCGCUUGGAUGAAGUGAUGUUUUUCGAACGCUGUCUAACAAUUUAUCGAAUGUAAAUUUAUUAGAAACGUAUAAAUAUAUUCCCAUACACGUUCCAACGCUUUCGCACAUUACUGAGACACGUACGUUGUACACACAUUCUUUGAUAAAUAAUUAAAAUCUUAUGUAGUUACGAAUAUGAUAAUUACACACACACCAAAAUAGGAAGGGAGUCAAUCUGUCCAGAGAUCACAGACACAGUAAAUACACGUUAUACAAUAUCUAUAUGUAAGUAUAUAUAUUAUAUUAAGAAAAUGUCUAACAGCAUGGCACAUAUGAGAAAGUUAUCUCUACCGUAGCAGAUCUUCAAAUAAAAUAUUUCUGUGAAUAGUA